CACCGGCCCUAUUGCGGCUGUGCCUCUCAGCGCAGCUGUUGAUGGAUUUAAGUCACAUGUGGUUUUCAAAGAGAUUGAAAAGAAGCUCCAAGAGGAAGGAGAGCAAUUUGUCAAGAAAAUUGGUGGAGUCUUUGCCUUCAAUAUAACAGAUGGUCCCGGUGGGAAAGAAGCAACUUGGAUAGUAGAUAUGAAAAAUGGUAAAGGCUCUGUGGCAGUUAAUUCAG